CUUCCAAUGAUUCUUUGCUUGCAACCUGGACUGAAGAUUUCAGAUGUGUUCUAAGCUUCCUGGAGUGACUACUCUUCAGGGUACUGAUGGAGACAAGAGCUCAGAAUGGCAGCGGGUCACAGCCCUUGCUACAGGGUCAGCAUGACGGUGGGAGGCAGUACGGAGAGUCUGACCUGCGGGAUGUUUUGGCACAACAAGUUCACGUCUUGUCCUUGGACCAGAUCAAGGCUAUCCGAAAUACGAACGAAUACACCGAACCGCCGACGGUGGCUCCGCGGCCAGUGGUGAAAGUGGCCGCCCGUCCGCCUGUCCAGCAGAAAAGCGAAAGGCCGCACGGAUUGACUGAACAGCGUCACGUUAGCAGGGUCCAGCAUCCCCAGGUCCACGCGUCUUCCCGGGUACCACUGUCCCGUUCAGUUAGCACAGUCAGUACUGGCUCACGGAGCAGUACGAAGACAAGUACGAGCAGCAACUCGUCUGAACAAAGACUUCUGGGGUCCUCGUUGGGGACCGUGGUCAAUGGGAUAAUCCGAGUGCAGCCCAAGUCGGAGCUGAAGCCGAAUGAGCUGAAGCCCCCUAGCAAAGAAGAUCUGCACCUGCACGCCUACAGGUGUGAGGACUGCGGGAAAUGUAAGUGUAAGGAGUGCACUUAUCCACGGACCCUUCCCUCCUGCUGGAUCUGUGACAAGCAGUGUCUUUGCUCGGCCCAGAAUGUGGUUGAUUAUGGGACUUGCGUCUGCUGCGUGAAAGGGCUUUUCUACCACUGCUCCAACGACGACGAGGACAACUGCGCCGACAACCCUUGCUCUUGCAGCCAGUCCCACUGCUGCACUCGGUGGUCCACCAUGGGGCUGGUCUCCCUUGUCCUGCCUUGCUUGUGGUGUUACCUGCCAGCCAAGGGUUGCCUUAAGUUGUGCCAGGGGUGUUACGACCGGGUCAACAGGCCCGGGUGUCGCUGCAAGCACUCCAACACAGUCUGCUGCAAGGUUCCCAGUGUCUCACCCAGGAACUUUGACAAGCCAACAUAGCAUCACUAAUCAGGAGUCGAGGGAAAGUAAUAAGGAUUAUUUCUUUAACACCCUAUGCAGCCAAUGAAAUGGCACUGUUAAAAUGAUUUGGGUGGGGGGGAAGUGGAAGGGGAAAUACAUUGAGGUUUGCGGUGAUCUGCUUUUCUGUGUGUGUUUGCAUGGGCCAGUUUAAUGGAUACUCUUGUUAGAACCCACCUAAUGGAGGUCACAAUGGGGGGUACACUCCAUGGGGACCCAAAUAUUACAUAAGCUAACGCAACUCAGACACCCCUAGGCAAUCUGUUGUGUUGUUUUGGUUUUUUUUUUUUUAAAUGAAUAGUACAUUUGUAAAUUAGAACACUACUUCACCCGGUCCCGAUUUCUUUCUGCCAGAGAUGUGCUAUAUUUUUGUAUAUAGGAUAUUUUCAACUGUGAAAAAAAAAAAAACACAACACCACGAGUGUCAUAGAAAACAUGGCACAGGUCACGAAAUAUUAUACUAAUAUGUUGUACAUUCAGAAGAAUGUGAAUCAAUCAGUAUGUUUUUAGAUUGUAUUUUGCCUUAUGGAAACCCUUCAAUUGCAAGACUCUUGAUUCCUCCCCCCUCCCCCUUUGGACUUCAUGUAUAUUGUACAGUUACAGUAAAAUUCAGUCUUUAUUUUCUAAUUUUUUCAACAUAUUGUUUAGUGUAAAGAAUAUUUAUUUGAAGUUUUAUUAUUUUAUAAAAAAUAUUUAUUUUAUGAGGCAUCUUACAAAUUUCACUCCUUUUAUGAGGAUGCCACAGUUGCUGCAAAUAAGGGGUGAAAGAUUCAUAUGUUCCCUAUAAAAUAGAAAAUAUAUUAACGUUUGAAAUUAAA